AUUUGUUUUAUUCCUCGGUGCCGCUCUGUUUUGCGUCUUUCUUAUCGUAGGUGUGAAGAAAAAAACGCGCGUGAGUUGUGGAAAAACAUUCGUCGACGGAACGUGUGAUAGUACGGAGAACGGGUGUGUGCAAAUUGCCGCUACUGACUGAAUCCACUGAAUCACACAAAGUGGAUACUAUCCGGUGGGUCACUUCGUUAGAUUUGAUUAAUAAUUUCGCAGCAUCACUGCAGCAGCUAAGCAGAUUCAAAAGACGUUACGUGUCCGUGGUGUCCGCAGUGUUCGGAAGACUUGGAGUGGCCCAUUGUGUUCUUUUGUGUGGUGCAACCUUUGCUGAUUCAUAGUUUGUUUUCGAGAGAGCCUGCAAAACCGCGCACACCUCGGUUGAAUGGGUUUAAUUCGGGGGUGGCGUAUGCUAUAAGGGAAUCACACAUAGGUAUUGAAGUAUAUCGGCUUGUGUGGCAGGCGGUGGUCGCAUAAUAGCGUCAAUCACGCCCACGCCAGAACCCAGCCCGGAACAUGUGGUGAAGUGGUGUCUACCUGUGAGCGAGAGGACUGGCAAGUGACGGAAAAGGGAGGGCAAGUGUUGGACCUAACUAAAACGAAACCAGAACACAGGAAAGGUCACAAAAGGAAAUAAAAUUCUGUGCCAUUUCUGGGCUUCACUUUUGGCUGCUCUGCCUGCUAGUGUACCGUCCGGUGCGUCGUCGGGAGUCAAAGAAAAAGACCGGUAUCGGGUGUCUCAUUAGGUGUGCGGGUGCAAUUGGUACGGAAUUCGCGUGCAAGAAGCUCGAAGAAAACAGGUAAAAUUAUUUCGGAAGAAAAAGGAAGUGUAAAACGAAAAAAAAUUGAACGGAAAUUGAGAAAUUUAGGAAGAAAUUCUUUGUGCCUGCAGUAAAAGUGACAAGUGAAGAGUGUGCAUUCCGAGCCUGCCAUUUUAAGGCGUAGUGAAGUUGAUUGAAUGGUUUCCUAGUAGUGCCGCUGUAAAAAAGCGUUGAUUAAAAGCGAGCGUCACUGCGUAAAUUUGUUAUCGGCCGUGGCAUCGAAGCACCAGACCAGAGUCUUAUCUCUUCUGGCUAGAUUCCAGCCGAGAUUAGCCAUUCUGUGCUAAUUCGGUAACGUUUGUCAACGAUGGAGGAAAAGUCGAAAGGAAAAGAUCCGGAGGCGUCGUUCUGCUUCAUAAGGGGUUCGGACCCGCGUGCGGCCACCUGUAGAGGCAAGCUACAAAGUCGACGCUGUAAGCUGAACCAGGAAAUCAACAAGGAGCUGCGGCUGCGAGCCGGUGCAGAAAACCUCUACAAAGCAACCACCAAUAAGAAACUAAAGGACACGGUCGCACUGGAGCUGAGCUUCGUCAAUUCCAACCUCCAGCUGCUGAAGGAGCAGCUCUCGGAGCUGAACUCGUCGAUGGAGAUUUACCAGGGCGAAGGCGUGGACUACGUUAUACCGAUGAUCCCACUGGGGCUGAAGGAAACCAAAGAAGUCAACUUCAUGGAACCGUUUUCGGAUUUCAUCCUGGAACACUACAGUGAAGAUUCCAGUACGUACGAGGAUGCCAUUGCCGACAUCACAGAUACGAGACAGGCUGCGAAAACCCCUACCCGGGAUGCGCAAGGUGUGGCGCUGCUGUUCCGCUACUACAACCUGUUGUAUUAUGUUGAGAGACGAUUUUUUCCUCCCGAUCGAAGUCUAGGGGUUUACUUCGAGUGGUACGACUCGCUCACCGGGGUACCCUCGUGUCAGCGUACGGUCGCAUUCGAGAAAGCCUGUAUCCUGUUCAAUUUGGCCGCCAUCUACACGCAGAUCGGAGCCAAGCAGGACCGCUCGUCCGAGAAGGGCCUGGACGCGGCGGUCGACAACUUUCUGCGGGCGGCCGGGGUGUUCAAGCACAUCUACGACACGUUCACGAAUGCGCCCUCGAUGGACCUUAAACCGCAGGUUCUGGAAGUGCUGGUAGCACUCAUUUUGGCCCAGGCACGCGAGUGUUUGUACGAAAAACUUUUACUACAGCUAGAAGAAACGACCAAUUCCGAUUGCAGUGCGUUGCACCGCAAUCUUUCCGGCGAAGCUACCCAGUUGAUGGUCGAAUAUCGGGAGAUUCAUCGGAUAAUACAGAAUAACGAGGCGCACACCUAUCUGCCCGAGUGCUGGGCCGGGCUGGUCCCGCUCAAAUCGGAACACUACAAAGCCCUGGCCCACUAUCACACAGCCAAAUCGAUCGACCCGGCGCUCGUGACGGUCAAAACGAGCACACCGUCCAAAGUCGCCACCAUCAACACCAGUACCCCCAACAACAACAACAACCGGCAGAAGCAGCUGGCGGCUUUCGGAAGCCAAAUGACGCUAACCCAGUCCCGAGAUACGUUCAUUUUCGACGAAAGCUCACUCGAGGGCGACCUGAAUCCGGCAAUGCUGAAAAAAGCUCACCUCCGCGAGUCGGUAUCUAGUCACGAGGAGGCCCUCCGGCUCCAACGGAUGUGCCGAGAGCUGAAGAACAAAAUCGCCCUCACCAAGGUGCUGAGCUACGCGCUGGAAAAGACGGCCGAAGAGCUCGAGCUGCUCGAUAUGGAACUGGAUGGGUCCGGUUUUUUGGAUGAGGAUAUCGACUUGAUCGAUGUGACGCUGAAUACUACCUCGAAGUUCACGAUUUCGCUGACCGGACCGGAUUUUACAGCUUAUAAAAUUGAGGAUCCAUUCCGGAAGCUUGGUCCGAUUGCGAUUUUCUCUGCGAGACGUCACUGGACUGCGCCGCGUUGCAUACGACUUCAGAAGGGUAGUUCACUUGCGAUUACCGGUGGAGGAACGCUGGAUCGACGCCGUUACAACAGUGCUACCUUGAAUGGGGGCAGUGCCGGUAGCACCAGCAGUGGAGGCAGCAGCAUCGGCAGGAGUGACGGUAGCAGCCGGGAGAAGUGUCAGUGUAACAAAACCAAUUACUACAACGACUUGCGCUCGUGUGACGUUUGCUUCAAGAGUGUGUGCAACGCUUCCGAGUCGGACUAUCAUCGGCAGACGCAGACCCAUCAUCGGUCCACCAUUGGACUGAAUGCACAGCCCAGCGACGGAAGUGAUUACGGUGGAACCAUCGAUAGUUUCGAGAGUUUUGGUUUUCACGUGCGAAGUGAUGCUCCGGUUAUGGUUUCCAGCGUGGAAAUCAAUUCGCUUGCUGAUCUUGGUGGCAUUAAGGAGGGAGAUUUCAUAGUGGAAUUGUGCGGAAUCGACGUCAAAUGGUAUACCCACCAACAGGUCUUAAAGUUGAUCAAGAAUUGUUCCAACAGUUUGGAUCUUAAGGUGAUCACACCGAUGGAUCGCAACUACUUGAAGCCCAUGGCCUCCACGCACUCCAAAGGUUCGAUUUCAACGCUUUCGGGCAGCUCAUCGGGUGUGUCCUCCGGGGCGCCGAGUCCAACCGGGACGACAACCAAGAACAGUAAACCCCGCUCGAAGUUGGGUAAAACUCGGCUCAGCAGUUUCACCUCCGGCAGCUGGAACCCGUUCCGUCGAACGCAAAGUUUAGGCAAAAUAUUCUAGCCCUCCCUCCAGUCCCCUCCUUCCGCCCAGAUACCUAUUCUGUACAGAUUUUACCUUAGAUUUAUCUACUGUUAGUUACAUGCAUACUGUUAACUACACUAAAUGCCAGAAGGAAACCCCCGAGUCUUGAUACUUUUAAAUCUUGUCGUCUAAAGGUACUUUUUUUUUAGCUCUAAUCAGAAUCAUUUUAGGAUUGUAAAAAUCGGAUGCCAUCGAACGGUCGGGUCGCCGCACCCGCACCCGUUGCUGUUGUUGUAUUAGCAAGUGUACUUAUUACUUAACUUAUCAAGCUAUCCAAAACUUUUUUUAGAAGGACAGUACUUACUUAGUCUGUAUAUUUAUUAUUUUAACCUCAACAAGCGUCGAAUUUGUCGAACACGAAUGCGAUCAAAAUGUGUAUUAUCGUCUUUUAGCUGAUGAAAUUGAGUCUAAAAAUUUGUAUAUAAUCACACGGUCGAGCGAAGUAUCGUGACCUGCAUUCCGGAUCACUCUGCAUAAUUUACGGAAAAUGUGCUGAAGAAUAAAAUCCCAAAACCAAUUGUAAAGAAGAAAUGUUUAACGUCCGAUAAGAUUUGUAGAUUGAAAUAGCCUCUACGGAUUUGAUAAAAACCAGGAUAUAUGCUAUGAAAAGGAUGUUUUCAAAUCAUAUUUUUUUCCUGUUGAGUAAAUAAAGCAAACAUUCCGAAAUAAUAAUGAUGAAAAACGGAUAAGAAAUAAA